AUGAUUGAAGAGAACAAUGAUAAUCUUUCCACUGACGCUGAUAUCAAAGUUGAUACUUUGUCAUUUAAAAUUAUUAUGAACGUCAAAAAGACAACAUCAAGAGUAAUCAUACCCACAAUUGGAACAGAUAUUCAAGCAAGUAUUGUGCGUGUUUUCCCAAAAGAAAAAUUUCGAAUGCGAGGCAAUUUAUUGAGAAGGAAAGGAACUGAAAGUUCAAUGACCUACGCACAUUCAUCGAGAAUGCUUUUGAAGAUUGAGGCUUUAAGUGUAGUUACUUUCUUGGGUCCCAUGCUUGGAUGA